GGUUUUCAUUUGUUAGAAGGAACCACGUUGUUGUAGAAAUAAAAUACCCGAUAUGUUUCGUACUGCAGCUCGUUCGUACUCCACUGGUGGGCCAGGAUUCCUUUCGGAUCUUUUAGCUAGAAUUGAAGCUAUUCCAGAAAAGGGAGCUGCAAUGAAGAAGGUUACUGGUGCAUCAUCUGGACAAAAGUCUGGUCGUAACUUGAGAGUCAACCUUGCUGACCAUCCACUUGCCCGUUUCACCGACGCUUCUCCUAGUCAUUUUGGUGGAUCCAAGAGAUUUGACUCUGGAAACCGUUCUAAAGGUUUCAAUAAUAGAUCUAAAGAUUCUCAACAACGUCCAAAGAGAUAUGUUAAGAGAACUAAUGUUAAAAUGGUCAAGGGUAAGACAUUCGAAAGUAAGGAACUUGUACAUGGACCUUAUGAACCAGAACUCAACGCCACUCUUUUCCAUGACAGAUCAUCCAACAUCAACCACUCUUUAACUUCAAGAGUUGCAUCUGUAACCAAGGAAAUUCUUCUUGAGUCCAAAUAUCCUUAUAAAUUUCCUAGACAAGUGAUAGAAGCUGCUCCUAAGGAAGGAAACCCAUUUGUGCUUCAAAACAACUAUAACGCAGAUGUUUCAUCUGAAGUUCUUAAGCAAAAGUUGAAUGCAACUGUCAAGGGUAAAGUGGUUGAAAUAGAUCUUCAAGAAAACAAAAUCCCAAAGGGAUUGAAGAAUCAUGCCAUUUUCACCAAGAAAAACUUGAUGAUGAACCCAGACUUCAAUGUUGAAACCAAGCAAAAGGUUUACAACGUAGUAAGUGGAAUUAGUCCUGUAUCAUCUCUUGUUGAGGGAUGUCAUUGGAUUAAGAAGUAAACUAUAUAUUAUAUGAAUGAGUGAUGUAUAGUUAUUGUACAUAGAUAACAAACGGAAU